GUUUCCGGUUCGAAACGGCGGCGUAUUGGCCUCAACCUUUAGCUGUCUUCCUUUUCUAGUCACCCUCCCACUCUCAGCCACUGUUGGGUGUUUUCAUCAAUCAUUUUGUUGCACACUGAUAUUUUGCCCAAAUCUCUCCUUCAAAGGAAAAUGAAUAUCCUCCGAAACGCAAUCAAAUUGCACGUUUCGGUUCGAACGGUCAAGCCGACCCACGUCUUACCUUCAUUCCUUCGCGAACCGCCAAAACGGUUCUCCACCGAACCGGAUCAACAGCAACAACAGCCGCUACCCGACGCCUCCGUCAAUCAAUUUCUGGAUUCAGCUAGCAAAGGUUUUGUUUAUGGGAAACUCUUUGGAAUCACAAAGUAUACAAUGAAGAGCGAUAUAAUCAGCUUGCUUGAAGGGUGUAAUCUAACGCCUGAUGACAUUAAAGUCAGCUACAGCCGCAGCCUUUUCCCUGUUGCGAUGAUGUUGCGGUUCCCGUCACCUUCUGCAUUUAGCAAUGCAGGAAGGACAAUUAGGAGGUUUGGUCGGCUAUACCGUUUGGAUAGGGUUGAUACUUCCGAUUGGGAUAUAGUUAUGCCAUACAAUGGGAAAACUGUGGUACUGCAAGGGCUUCCCCGAAGUGCGGCUUUAGAGGAUGUUGAGCGUUUCCUUUCUGGUUGUGAGUAUGACUCGUCCUCAAUCCAGACGGUUACAUUUACGAGACCUGGAUUCACCAACCUUGUCAGAUUAACAACUGUGCAAUUCCCCUCUCAUAUCCAAGCAAUGAACGCAUGCAUUAGCAAAAACAGAAAAAUCUGUCUCAAUAAUCAAAUCUCUGUCCGAGUUCUUUAUUAAAAACUUCAGUCUUUUAGGGUAUUGCCUAAAGAUUGACCACCACAACAGUAGGCUUCCUGGUCCAAAUUGAACUAUGUGAAAUUUUUGCCUGUUUGGUGUUUUGUGCACGCAUUGGACUUGUUUAUUCAUUUGUUUGGAUAAGUACUCUCAGUGCUGGACUUUUAUUUGUUGGUUAUCGAAAUCAUAUUGGUAGGAUAUAAUGAAAGAUUGCACUUAUCUCA